AUGUGUCAUUUGGAUCCCAAAGAUGCCCAGGACAUGGUACGAAGCGAAAUUGUAUUCUUCGACUUGCUCGUCAGACUUUGUCCUGCGGACGAAGCCAUGAGCGUUGAAGCCGGGUUCAAUGCAAUGAAGAUGCCGGUUUUCGACCUCGAGAAAAUUUUGGGACCGGACAUGGAACUACGACUUAUGAUGAACCGAGUCCGUGAAAAUCUGGCGGACCUCCGCAAAUCGGUGGAAAAUCCGGACCAUUCAGUCAUUAGAAAGAAGGGCUUUUUCGGGGAAAGCCAUUUGGACAAUGCUCCUGAUGAUUUUCGCACAUUAUCGGUUCUUCCGACUUUGAAUGAUCUGUUGUGCAUCGAGGAGCCCUUUCUGCGUGCAAAUAUCAUUAGCGGUCGGUAUUUGGAUGCUGACCAUUAUUUGGACGUUCAAUUCCGCCUCAUAAAAGAAGACUUCGUCAGACCAUUGAGAGAAGGAGUUGCAGAGAUGAUGAGAAGAAUGCAAAACAGCCUUCAUGAUUUCGGUGUCUGGCGCAAGAUUCAAGAAGUCCGAAUCUACGAGAAAGGAGUUAUUACUCGAAAGAUUUACGAAAGAGUUGGGGUCUCUCUUGAACUCAAAUUUUCUCUACGAAAUUUGGGCCAAGUGCGAUGGGAAAUCAGCAAAAGGCUGAUAUUCGGCUCUCUGCUAUGCCUAACGAAUGACAAUUUCAAAAGUGUGCUGUUCGCGUCUGUUGUGGAACGAGAAGUGGAAGAUCUGAGGCGUGGGAUUAUAAGGAUACGUCCUGAAAGCAGUAAAUUUGAUCUGAAUGCAUGGACGAAAGGUCCAGAAUUUCUAGUUGUAGAAAGUGCUGCAUUUUUUGAAGCAUACAGACACGUUUUGUCAUCGCUGCAAAAAAUUCCAUUGGAUCAAUUUCCGUUGAAGAAGUACAUCGUGGAUGUGGAAAGAAACACAUCUCUACCGAAAUACAUUUUGGAUCAUGAGGGUGAUGAGGCGAAUGUGUUCCCUUUAAAAUUUAAGGGCAGACAAUUUUUUGGAAAUCCCUUCAGCACUGACGAUUGGCCGAAACCAGAAGAACUUGGGCUGGAUGAAGCUCAGUUUUGUGCCUUCAAAGAAGGCCUCUGUCAUGAGUUUGCCCUUAUUCAAGGACCUCCAGGAACGGGUAAAACUUUUAUUGGCUUGAAGCUGGUCAAGACGAUCCUAUCCCGUCGACGAAAGCACAAGAUUUUCAACAACGGACCAAUCUUAGUUGUUUGCUUCACAAAUCACGCUCUGGAUCAGUUUUUGGAAGGUAUUAGUCGCUUCACGCGAAGAAUCCUCCGAAUUGGUGGACGUUCCAAGAGUGUGUUGCUUGAGGAAUUCACGGUCCAAAACGCGCCUUUACUGCGCUCAAAAGGGAAUGCAUGCCAAGUCCGAUCCGACAUGAAGAACCAUUUGAUUAUUCUGGAGCGAUCCUUGGGUGAACUUGAAACGUUGAAGAAAGGCAUAUCUGCUGGAGCGGGGAUUUUGUCGCUUGAGAAAUUGCGUGAAUACAACAUAGAAAUUCCUUCCUGCUUCCCUUCGAGUUUCAGUUUGGCGAACUGGUUGAGUUUCCCAUCAAAUUCCAACAACCUCUCUCAAAAUUUCCUCAAACAAAUACUGGACGAAGAGAAGAAACUUAUUUUCGCCGAAAAAAAGAACCUCAGAUUCCCAACCGAAGAUGCAGAGGAUGACGCCGAUGAUGGCGGCAUUGACAGGGUAGCUGUCGUAGACUUGGAUAUCGAGGAUGAAGCUGCAGCUGAGGCGCAACGUCGAGAAGUUGAAUCCAUUUAUGAUACCGAUUGCGAAGCUAAAAUGCCGACUGCUGCACGAGCGAAAGAAAUUAUCCUGCAUCACUGCGAAAUUAGCUACAUGAGCAUUGAAAACGAUUUAAACCGAGCUGAGAAGGAUGUGCAGGAUACUGCGGAACAGCUUGAUGCAUCCAACGGUGCCGCGGAAUGCCUGGAUGUGUUACAACAAGGAGGCUUCUGGGAAGAACAUAUGAGAAAAACUCAACAUUUGAUGCAAGCUGAAUUGCGGCUGGAAAACUGGAAAUUGAUGCGCUCCAAAUUUCAAGCAGAUUCAGCAUUUCUGAAAGUUCCUGCGAACUUGGACCUCGUAAAACCGCCCAAACAAUUGGUCGGACCGGAAGAAAACUGGGUCAACGCCCGCCUGAGAGCCCGAUGGUUGAUUUACCGGUACUGGGCAAACAGAUUUGUCCGCAUUAUACACGGAAAAAUAGAUGCACGCAUGGAAGAGUACAGACUGCAGGUUGAAAGAUACAAAGAAGCCCAAGAUGGAGCUUUAUUACAAUAUACUCAGUCUUUGGAUGUAGUUGGAAUGACGACUACUGGAGCUGCUCGGAACAUUUCUCUCGUGCAGAACAUGAAGUCUAGAAUUCUCGUAGUUGAAGAAGCAGCAGAGGUUUUGGAGUCGCAUAUUGUGUGCUGUCUGUCUUCCCAUUGUGAACAUCUGAUUCAGAUCGGUGAUCAACAGCAGCUAAGGCCCUCGACUAAUGUGUACAAGCUCGCUAAAAACUACGGACUGGAUGUGUCUUUGUUCGAGAGAAUGGUGAAGAACCGUGUUCCGUACGCUCGUUUACGUCAGCAGCACCGGAUGAGGCCGGAAAUAUCGAACUUGAUCAAGUUAAAUGUCUACGAAGAUUUACAAGAUCACGAAAGUGUAACGCAGUACGCCGACGUUCUUGGCGUUGCUAAGAAUGUAUUUUUUGUCACGCACAAUUUUCCGGAAGAAUCGAAUGAGGACCUAAAGAGCAAGAGCAACAAAGUGGAGGCUGAAUUUUUGCUGGCGUUGUGUCGGUAUCUUUUGUUGCAAGGAUACAAACGUGAACAAAUCACAAUUCUGACCGGCUACUCAGGACAACUCUUCGUCUUUAAAAAGCUGAUCGCAAACUUCCCAACAUGUAAAGAUGUUCGGAUCACAUUGGUUGACAACUACCAAGGAGAAGAAAACGAUAUUAUUUUAUUGUCUCUCGUGAGAAGCAACACGGAAGGAAACAUCGGCUUUCUCAAAACAGACAAUCGAGUUAAUGUUGCUUUGUCGCGUGCAAAGCAAGGACUGUUCAUCAUUGGAAACAUGGAUGUGUUGAGCGCCGGGAGCAAACUGUGGAGCAACAUAAAGCUUGUAUUGGUGAACUGCUUGGAGAAAUGCUUUGCCAGACUCCAUUGUGGACAUGCUUGUGGAAACCGUUGUCACGUCAGAUCUGACCCGGGGCAUGAGUUGGCGAAAUGUUCGAAGCCAUGCGGAAAAUCUUGUCCAAGAAAUCACCCGUGUAAAGAGGCAAAAUCUUGUCCGCCGAUGAGGAAAUGGAAUAUUGCGACCAUCCUUGUGGAGCAAUUCUGUCAUGUGGACACACAUGCUCUGGAAAAUGUUCUAGCUGUUUUCAAGGCAGGAUACAUGUGCCUUGCGAAAAGGCAUGCGAACGCCAACUUGUCUGUGGACAUGUUUGUAAGGCUGCUUGCAGUUUCAACUGCCCGCCCUGUGAAGAAAAGUGUGGUUAUUCCUGUCCUCAUUCGUCUUGUACGAAGCUGUGCGGAGAGCCUUGCUCUCCGUGUAUGAGGCGCCGAUAAGUGCAACCAAGCGUGUGAGAAAGUUCUCAGUUGCCAGCACAAAUGCGUUGGACUCUGCGGAGAAAUCUGCCCGCCGUGUCGCGAGUGCGGAGGAGAUACAGUGGAGUUUUUCGACGUAACAAAGAACGACGUUAGCAACGAACCCGAUGCCAGAUUCAUCCUGCUUCAAAAGUGCAAGCACGUGAUUGAGGUUGGUGGAUUGGACCAUUGGAUGCGACGGCCAAUGGAAGCAAUUGGACCAAGAGUGUGUCCGCGCUGCAAAACGCCGAUUGUUUCUUCUCACCGCUACAAGGAUGAGGUCAACUCUGCCUUCAGAAAAGUUACUGCCGAGAAAUGCAAAAGUGGCUGUCGCCACAAACCAUGUAAGCUCCGAUGCUCCGACGAUUGUGGCAGAGGCGCCGAUAAGUGCAACCAAGCGUGUGAGAAAGUUCUCAGUUGCCAGCACAAAUGCGUUGGACUCUGCGGAGAAAUCUGCCCGCCGUGUCGCGAGUGCGGAGGAGAUACAGUGGAGUUUUUCGACGUAACAAAGAACGACGUUAGCAACGAACCCGAUGCCAGAUUCAUCCUGCUUCAAAAGUGCAAGCACGUGAUGGAGGUUGGUGGAUUGGACCAUUGGAUGCGACGGCCAAUGGAAGCAAUUGGACCAAGAGUGUGUCCGCGCUGCAAAACGCCGAUUGUUUCUUCUCACCGCUACAAGGAUGAGGUCAACUCUGCCUUUGGAAAAGUUACUGCCGUGAGAAACAAAAUAUUUGGCCAGAACGACGAUCUGCGAAGACUACUCGAAAAACUGACAGAUCAAACUGGUGACUCACCGGGGAAAAUGAUCCAAGAAGCUUUCUCAAAGGAAAAUUUCAUUAAGAAAUUCUUCGACGAGAUUUGGUCUCAGAAUUCUGAAGUGCCGGAAAGAGAGGAAGCGUCCGAAUCAUCAAGAUUUGGAUCCAGGCUUCGCAAGAAUGCCGACUGGCCCAAGGGAAUCAGACGUGAACACUUAUCGAAAAAAGGGAAGAAACAAUUGACCUGGAAUUUCAAACAAUUGAAUGGAAUGGAAUCCAAUUGUAUUUCCAACCGUAUCCAUCUUCUCGGAGCACUUGCCGCUGUUAUUUUGGAUUUGGAAGAAGCAAGUCUUUUCUCAGGCGACGGUUUCAUGAAUUUGAAGCUGCGUGAGCUGGCAAGAUUGGUUAUGUCAAGAAAGCACAACCUGAAUGGUUCGGGAUUGGAAGCUUUUUCUGCAGAAAUCCGACGCUUCCGUUUCUUGAAAUUGCUGAAAAUCUUGCGGGAUGAAGAUAUCGGGCCUGAAAGACAGCUCUUCAUUUCUCAAGUUGAGAACAAACUGUUCAAUAGUGGUUCUUUUACGGAAGGAAAAGAAAAGGAGUUGAUAAAAUUGCUGGAAGAAGCUGAAUGGUUUGUGGAAGCAAAAGACGAGAGGGUUAAUCUGUAUGCGACAGCUUUUCAGUAUGGCCUCUGGUAUACGUGUCCCGAAAAACACGUAUUUUGUGUUGGCGAUGCCGCCUUGCCUGAUCAUCCAGCAGAUGCCACGUUGCGGGCCGUCCUUCAAGAUGUAUACGCGUGGAUCCAGCCGUCCAUGGCUUUGGACGUGACGGACGCGUUGCUGGACGCCCCCCGGUCGUGCCACGUGUGCGGCGCGCAUGCCGAGGUCGAGUACGUCGACUGUUACGACGUGCAGGAGGGCCUGGAGUCGACGGCCUGCUGCCGGCCGUGUCUCAACAAGGUGCACAGUCACCGGAAGCGCGUUGACCACGAGAGCCGCGUGUUGAGCGUGAUAGCCAGGAGGCACGCGACUACUUUAUGCCGUCCCGGGUUCGCGGGUACGCCAACGGCUGUGUCACCCCUCCGACGCCGCGUGCUCAUGGAGCUCUUUGCCGUCGUCUGCAUCCAGGAGUCGCACUACGUUGCCUUCGUGAAGGCCGGGUCCGGCGCCGAGGCCCCCUGGUGCUUUUUUGAUUCCAUGGCCUACCGAAGUUAG